AUAUUCCGCAGCGGAGCUUUGAAGAAAAACCAGAGGCAGCGGGACCGGGAGUGGGAGCGGGCGGCGGGGAGCCGGAGGAGGUGGUAGGACAGCGGGGUCCUGAUGGAAAACACUCGCGAUCUGACUGAGCACUCUCCACGGUCAGAAAGAAAGAGGAGGGACUCGUUUGGAAUGUUUGACGGUUAUGACAGUUGCAGUGAGGAUAGCAGCAGCAGUUCGAGCUCUGAUGAGAGUGAAGAGGAAGUUACCUCAAUACCAGCUAGUCUCCCACUUAUCAAAACCAAUGGACAAGUGUACACUUACCCUGAUGGCAAAUCUGGAAUGGCCACCUGUGAGAUGUGUGGAAUGGUUGGUGUGAGAGAUGCUUUUUAUUCCAAGACAAAACGAUUCUGCAGUGUUUCGUGCUCCAGAAGCUACUCAUCAAACUCGAAAAAAGCCAGCAUUUUAGCCAGACUUCAGGGAAAACCCCCAACAAAGAAAGCAAAAGUUCUACAGAAACAGCCGUUAGUGGCUAAAUUGGCAGCCUACGCACAGUACCAGGCAAGUCUCCAACAGAACCAAACCAAGAGUAAAGCAGCAGUCACUGUGGAAGGCUUUGACUGGGGUCAAUAUGUUUGGAACAAUAAAUUUAUUGGGGCACCUGUCAGCUGCUUCAAGCACGUACCAAUGGGGACUCACUGGGGAGAUAUUGCGGAGGGUGUAAGGGUGGAAGUACCAAACACAGAUUGCAACCUGCCUACCAAGGUCUUCUGGAUUGCAGGCAUCAUAAAAUUAGCAGGUUACAAGGCUUUGCUCCGAUAUGAAGGUUUUGACAAUGACUCUAGUCUUGACUUCUGGUGCAACAUAUGUGGUUCUGAUGUUCAUCCAGUUGGCUGGUGUGCAACCAGUGGCAAGCCAUUAGUUACUCCUCGCACUAUCCAACACAAAUAUACAAACUGGAAAGCUUUUCUUGUGAAAAGACUGACUGGUGCCAAGACCCUUCCACCUGAUUUUUGCUCCAAGGUUGUUGAAAGCAUGCAGUACCCAUUCAAAACUGCCAUGCGUGUAGAAGUUGUUGAUAAGACUCACCUCUGCCGAACACGAAUAGCAGUGGUUGAAAGCAUAAUCGGUGGUCGUUUACGGCUUAUUUACGAAGAAUGUGAAGAUGGAACAGAUGAUUUUUGGUGUCAUAUGCUGAGUCCACUCAUUCACCCCAUUGGUUGGUCUCGAAGUAUUGGACAUCGAUUCAAAAGAACAGAUGGUUCAAAGAAGCAGGAAGGACAGUGUGAUGCUGCACCACAGCUGUUUGCAAAGGUGAAGGAUGUGGACCAGAGUGGAGAGUGGUUCCAGGAAGGGAUGAAACUGGAAGCAAUUGACCCACUGAAUCUGUCUGCAAUCUGUGUGGCAACUGUCCGCAAAGUAUUAGCUGAGGGUUACCUGAUGAUUGGCAUCGAUGGCUCAGAGGCAGCAGAUGGCUCGGACUGGUUUUGUUACCACUCUGUAUCUCCAUCAAUCUUCCCUGUGGGAUUCUGUGAAAUCAACAAGAUUGAACUUACGCCGCCCAGAGGUUACUCCAAAAUUCCUUUCAAAUGGUUCGACUACCUUAGGGAGACGGGAUCUGUUGCAGCACCUGUCAAACUGUUCAACAAGGAAGUUCCAAACCAUGGCUUUCGAGUGGGAAUGAAAUUGGAAGCUGUCGAUCUGAUGGAGCCGCGCUUGGUGUGUGUGGCGACUGUUACCCGCAUUGUCCAUCGGCUCCUCAGGAUCCACUUUGAUGGAUGGGAGGAUGAAUAUGACCAGUGGGUAGACUGUGAAUCUCCAGAUCUCUACCCUGUCGGCUGGUGCGAAUUGACAGGCUACCAGCUUCAACCACCAGCAUCACAGUCCUCGAGGGAGAAUCAGGCCAAUGUGAUGAAGAAGAAAAAAGCAAAGUCCAGCCAGUACAAGGGACACAAAAAAAAGAGGAAGAAUCGAGUUGGGAAGAAGCCGGUCAGUUUGCCGAUCCUGCCUCUGAGUGGCGGGACGCGCAGCAGUUUUUCUGCGGAUGAUGAAUUGACUCCUCCAUACCGAACUCUUCCAGUCCAGGCAGCCUCAGAGGCCCACGUGCCUCCCAGCACUAGCAGGCAGGUCAAUGCUGGGCUCAGAACAGCAAGCAGCAGUAAACACCGGGAUAUCAUCAUCUGGUGACCAAAGGCUGCUGCCAUCUCUCCACGGCGUUUACUGGCAGCUACCAGUGAUCUCACUGGAGCACAAGGUGAAUUUUAUGGAUGUCACCCGCCGAGUUCUGACUCCUUCACGGUGCCUCCUAAGCAGGAAAGCGAGGUGACGUGGCAGCUAACCCAGCAACCUCGAAGACACGGCCUCCGUGCUUGUAUCAAGCAUGGAUGCUUGACUGAAGCAUCUGCUCUUUUUAAUCAGUUGGAUCCCAACAUGGGAGCAGUUCACCACAGGUCCUGCAGGCUGUGAUAGCGAGAACAUGCAGUGAUUACUUUUUUUAUGUACACUUGGACAGUUCUUUUCUGGUUCAGGAUGGGUGAUAAGGCUCGAGUUUUUGGUUCCCCUGUUGGACGUUCUUGUAUAUUGUACUUGAAGUUAUUUUACUGGUGGGAUGGGAGGGGAGAAUGUCUGUUUUUGGUGUUUAAUUUUUUAAAAUAUAAAAUGCUCUCAUGAGCAUUCUGUGAUUACAUAUUCAGGUGAAGUUAUGUUAACUUCUGACACUCUGCAUCCUCCAUAGGCGCCACAUGCCAGACUGUUCCACCUCUUCUUCAUUUGAGGUUGAACUUUUUAUUUGUAUAAAUAUAAAAACCAGAAGAAAACCCCCUCUCAGGAAGUUGAUGCCUGGUCUUGCUGACUCUGCCUGUGUGUGUGCAUGUGUAUCUAGGGUGCAGCCAGUUCUUAUCCUCUGAGCCAGUUGUGUUUUAUUGUCGAGUACUGAGUGGGCCCCACAAGGAUUGAAGUCUUUAUACGCAGUAACAUUGUUAAUUGGUAUGGUUCCACAUGUUGCUUCUGCAGACUUUGGAGUGACUGUGUUGGUCCUCUCACAGCUCUCUUGUGCUCAACCUCAUUUUAUUGCUGUUUGAUUUUCCUUUUGUUUAACGCUAACGAGGCAAUGUUUGAAAUGAAUGGAGAAGUGUUGCUAAAGAGAGCACCUGAAACCAGCAAAUUCUGGGUGGAUCACACUGUGAUCCAAGUGGCCUGUUAUGCUGCAACUUAGUGUUUCUCUUUACCCUUGCUAGGAGUUUGAAAGCAUCGUCUAGAGGACAAUGUUUAAACUGGCAGCAUGACUAAUGUGCAUUACAGUUUCUUCUCCUGCCCUGGGAUGAUCAGGGGUGUAGGCAGGUGGUUGGCUGCUUUCAGCUACACCAGUGCUCCCCUGUAAUUGGUUACUUGGUGAAUAUGGAGGAGGGGGGGGGGGGGCCAAGGGACUGUUUGUUGGUGGCCACCUCUCCUUCCCUCUCUUUCCAGCAUAUCCAAGGAGCAGUCAGUAGGCACUUCCACCUUGCCAUUGGCUGCUUGAGAGGCUGCUGUGUAAACUGGAUUCUGUUCCACUUAGUGGUAGAUUCAUCGCAAGGAAGAUGGCAUUCACUUUACCAACAAAAUAAACAGGAGACACCCUUAUUUUGUUUCUGUCAUUGUUAACAAAGGCAACACUAAUCUUUUAACCAUUGACUGUCUACAGUCAGUUCACCACCUGAUCUCUCCUGUGUCGAGGGGUCAGUUUCCCAUGGAUUGGGAGAUGAGGGAUGGAUAAAAAUGCAUAACCUGGUCUCUCCAACCCCUAUUGCACCCCUCAGCUUUUCGCCAAAAUCUUAUCUGUGAAGCAUCAGAUUUCAAUGAGAUGCUGACAUUCUGUCUCUCAAGCAGAGUUUAAUGCUGUGCAUUGGAAUCCAGUGUUCAAGGAAAUGGGAGCAUACAGAGCGCCACAAUAGGCUUUCCACUCUUCCUUUCGAGUGACUGGGUAUGGGCAUUGAAUGGAGUAUAUGGACACAGCCUUCUGACAGUGUUGUGGUUCAGGCUCUGAUCUAGGUGUCUGCAGGAUGAAAGGAAAGAACAAGGACAGUUCACUAAAUUUGGCUCCCACCUGCAAACCCAAUGGAAGAUUCCGCUUCCCAAUGUGGCUUUCCAGUCAAAUUGUCCUGGCUUGUUCACAACAUGUGGUUGUUCAGUCCAGGAUAUUAUUGGGUAUGUUCUGUGGAACCAUCUACUCCAGAGCACAAUUUACAAUUCAAAGCUUCUUUGAAUUUGUAAACAUAAUUUGACAGAUUUGAAACUAACUGACUGACCAAUCUGUCAUCUCUUGAGUAGAUUGGCUGUGGAUUCUAUUUUUCAUAACUUCUCCCUCUUUCUAAACUGAGCUUAUCGUCCCAGCCUAUUUCUGUAUUUGAGAAAAGUUGCAGGGAGUGGGAACUGGAUGGAAUGGCAGGUUCGUGUUGAAUGUGCACCCCACCAUCUCCAAGAUCAGCAAUCUAAUCUGCAACCUGCUCUUCCUUCAAAAUAUUCAUUAUUGAUUCAAAACGCAAACGUAUCUAGGCUUGCACACAACCUCUGGUGAUCUCAUGCAUGCUGCAGACUAACCUGUCAGCAGCUUUUUUCUUCACAAUGUGAGCUCCUCCCUGAUUUUUGUAAUAUGGUGCUACAUGAAUCUUUAAUAUGGAUCAUUUCUUAAGAGGGAUUUUGAGAAACUGUGAUUUGAUUCAGGAAAAUUCUUCUAUUCUCUUCCUGUUGGGCAGUCGCACGAAUUUUGAUAAAAUUGCAAAAAGGGAAAAAAAAACAUAGUUCCUAGAAAUUCUUUUCCUGCUGUUCCUGACACUGAGCAGGACAGCAAUGUUGUAGCUAAUGGUGGGAUUUAUACAUUGUUUUCUCUAUGUAUUUUGAUAAUCUAAAUCGAUAAUUGUACAAAUGUAAUCUUUCCUUUUUACUUCGUACCGAGGCUAUGGACAAGAAGAUGCCAGUCUCUCAGCAUCUGCAUGUCCAAGCAGAGAACUUUUCUGUUUUGUUUUUCAGAAAUACUUUUCACUAAACAUUAGUUGCAUUAGUCACAGCUUUGUGUAAAAAGAAAUGAAAAUUGUUCACUAAAUGGUCAUUUUUUUACACUUAAUAAAACCUUUUA